AAUGUUAGAAACUCCGCUCCCAAGUUCUGAAGCAAAAAUGCUUCAUUUCUUCGGCUCAGAAAAGGAGUCUAAGGAGUUUCAGCAGUGUUCAAGUUUUCCAGAGAAGAUAACAAGAAUCUGGAAGGUUCCGCUCAUGCAAGAGUUACUAAAGAAGAGUGGAAAACAAGUAUCCCAGAAAAGUGAAGGUGAAAGCAGGCGCAAUAGAGAGAUUGGUAACAAGCAUUUCCAAGCAGGAAAAUGGAGUCUAGCUGCCUCAUAUUUUUCCAAAGCCAUUGCUUUUGCUUAUGUGAAUGACAAGCAGCAAGGGAGAGAUCUAAGCUUGGCAAUUGCCAACAGGUCUGCAGCUCUGUACAGACUGGAAAAGUAUAAACUAGCCCUGGAGGAUAUUGAUUAUGCAUUGGAUGCAGGAUACCCUCAAGAUAUUAGAUAUAAGGUUUUUGAAAGGCGUGUGUACUGCCUGAUAGGCCUAGGUAGACUUGAAGAAGCAAAAAAGGCAGUUCUACAACUUCAAGCAGAUCUAGGCACCAGCACACUUGAGGAGAAAAAGAAAGUUAAAAUUGAAAUGGAUGCAAAUGAGGAACUUAAGAAAGGAAUGAGCAAGUCAUCAGAUGCAGUUGAAGAAGAAGCUGAACCUUGGCUCAAACUACCAACGAUGGAAAAGAGGCAUCCAACCCUCCCUGCAUUUUCUAGUGCUCUGGAGCUUAAAUAUGACGAGAAAAAAGGAAGACAUGUAAUUGCUAACAGGGAUAUAGAAUGUGGAGAGGUUUUGGUAAUUGAAAAUCCUGCAACAGCUUGUCUGUAUUAUGAUAAGAGGGAGGAGCAUUGUGAUAACUGCUUUAAAUAUAUACCCCUUAGGCAAAUUCCCUGUGAUCACUGCUCGGCUCUCAGGUUUUGUGGCUUUCAAUGCAAAAAGUCUGCAAUAGAAGGGUAUCAUCAGUUUGAGUGUGGAAGAGAAGAUGUUUUUGAAUCUGUGAUAGGACAGAUGAUGCAGGAAGGGAAAACCAAUGCUAAAGGGACUAAGAAGUUCCACAGAAUGGCCUUGAAGACAGUGACCCAGAAAAGCUUGGCCUGGUUCCUUAAAAAUAAAGAUAAACUGUUAAAAGUUCACAAUUCAACACUAUCAUUCAGAGAUGAAUACGAAGGUGUGGCAAGGCUGGUUGGGCAUCAUGAAAGAAUGCCGCAAACAAGAAUUUUCGCUUUUUUGAUGAGCUCGAUCUUUCAUUUGAGAAAUCUUCAACAAGCUGGGUAUUUUGGAGUUAAAAAAAACAAGGUUUUUGAAAACUUAACAGAGGAAGAACUUUUGAUAGGUGAACUCUUGUACACUUUCCUUGAGAAAAUGCAGUUUAACACUCAUUCAGUCACUCAGGGAGAACCUGAUAAACAGACAGAUUUUGAAAAUGGACUUUUAAACCCCGGUCUUUUAUACGAGAACAGAAUCAGAUGUAUAGGGAAUGCUGUGUAUCCUAGUUUGGCGAUGUUAAACCACAGCUGUUAUACAAAUAUUUAUAAAUUCUUUGUGGGACCUACAGUAGUAGCAGUUGCUUGUCAGAAAAUCCCUGUUGGAAACGAGAUAUCAGAAAACUAUUUCCCAGUAGUACAGAUUCUGCCUAGGCCAGAGAGAAGGUCCUGGCUCUCACAGAGUUACUGGUUUGACUGUAGCUGUACCGGGUGUUUACAAAAUCUGCCAAAUAUACAAAAUUCCGACACCAUCCCAACACAUCUUAGAUGUGAGAGGAAAGAAUGUUCUGGGAUAGUUACCGAACACUCGUGUAGACUUUGCUCCAAGAAAAUGGACAGGGAACUGCGUAUUUCUGAGAUUCAGGAGGUCUGGGCACGUUUAAAAGAUCUGAGAAAAGAAUGUCACUCCAACGCAAAACAUGAAGAACUUUUGAAACUUGAAAAAAAUAUCCUCCAGAAGUAUAUCAGGCUUCAGGAGCUGUUGUCCUUACCAUGCCGGAUUAUGUACGAAGCUGAAGUACUGUACUGGAGAGCUGUACGUCUAGCUCACGGCAGUAGAUCCUACUAAUGUACUGAAGUAGAUACUGAAAAAAUGCUGAAGUAGAUACUGUAAUAAUAUACUGUAUUAUAAUAAACUGUAGUAGAUACUGUAAAAAUAUACUGUAGUAGAUACCAGGGGGGGA